AAUAAUUUCUGCAUAAUAUAUAUAUUUUUUAAUUCAAUUCUCCUGCUGUGGAAAAGUGCGCCUGAAGGAGGAGAAGGAAAAUGGGGACGACGGAAGAAAUUUUAUCGGAACUUCUCGGAGUUGAAAUGGAGCUUCAAGAUGUUCAAGAGCAAAUAAAAGUGUUGUUGGAUCAGCAGGAAUCGUUGUAUCAGAGGCAAUCGGAGCUUAAAGUUCUAUUGGAGCAUAAAGAAUCUUCUAGAAGCAAUGGAGACGGAGAAGAAGCUUCUGUUUCUGUGGAGAAUUGGUCUGGGGAAUUUGAAUGGGACUCCGAAGCUGAUGAUGUUCGGUUCAAUGUUUUCGGCAUAUCGGCCUAUCGUGCUAAUCAGCGAGAGAUCAUAAAUGUAAUCAUGAGUGGAAGAGAUGUUUUAGUAAUCAUGGCUGCUGGUGGCGGCAAGAGUCUUUGCUACCAACUUCCGGCAGUCCUUCGAAAGGGAGUGGCUCUUGUUGUCAGUCCUUUACUGUCUCUUAUUCAAGAUCAGGUAAUGGGUUUGGCUGCUUUAGGAAUCCAAGCAUAUAUGCUGACAUCAACAACGAGCAAGGAAGACGAGAAGUUCAUUUACAAAGCUCUAGAAAAGGGGGAAGGAGAGCUCAAGAUAUUGUAUGUCACACCAGAAAAGAUAUCAAAAAGCAAGAGAUUUAUGUCGAAAUUGGAAAAGUGUCACCAUGCUGGUCGCCUUUCUCUAAUUUCCAUUGAUGAGGCACAUUGUUGUAGUCAAUGGGGCCAUGACUUUCGUCCAGACUAUCGGAAUCUUGGUAUAUUGAAGACCCAAUUUCCUGAUGUCCCCAUGGUUGCUUUAACUGCCACUGCUACAAAGAAAGUACAAGAAGAUCUGAUGAAUAUGCUGCACAUACCAAAAUGCAUUAAGUUUGUUAGCUCUGUGAACAGGCCCAACCUCUUUUACAUGGUACGAGAAAAAUCAUCAGUUGGGAAGUCGGCGAUUGAUGGAAUAGCUGAAUAUGUACAAACCUCAUAUCCGAAUAAUGAAUCUGGGAUAGUGUAUUGUUUUUCCAGAAAAGAGUGUGAACAGGUUGCUAAAGAAUUGCGGGAUAGGGGAAUCUCAGCUGAUUACUAUCAUGCAGAUAUGGAUGUCCACGCUCGUGAGAAAGUUCAUAUGCGGUGGAGUAGUGGCAAGUUGCAAGUCAUUGUUGGCACGGUGGCAUUUGGAAUGGGGAUCAACAAGCCAGAUGUCAGGUUUGUUGUUCACCACAGCUUAAGCAAAUCGAUGGAGACAUAUUACCAGGAGAGUGGUCGAGCUGGAAGAGACGGUCUCCCUUCUGAAUGCUUGUUAUACUUUAGACCAGCUGAUGUCCCUAGGCAGAGCUCAAUGGUCUUCUAUGAAAAUUCAGGGUUGCAAAAUCUUUACGACAUUGUUCGGUAUUGUAUGUCUAAAAGGCAAUGUCGAAGGGGUGCUUUCUUCAAACAUUUUGCUGAGCCUUUACGAGAUUGUGAUGGGAUGUGUGAUAAUUGUGCAUCCUGCAACGAGAUCAAGGAAUUGGAUGUAACUGAUCACGCCAAAUUUAUAGUAUCACUAUUGCAAGAAAUGCAAGAGAAUGACCAAAGGGUGACGAUGUUGCAAUUAGUUGACAAGAUAAAGAUCAAGAACAAGCAUUUGGUUCCUGCGCUAAAACGGGAGGAAUUGGAACAACUUCUCGUUCAGCUUUUGGUGGAUCUUGUUUUGAAAGAAGAAUUCCAGCAUACGGCGUAUACGACAAAUGCUUAUUUGACUACAGGACCUUUGGCAAAGCAAGUAUUGCAUGGAAAGAAAACAGUUAAGCUUGAAGUUAACUGCGGACAGAAAAACAGUUCAACCAAUUCGAAAACUAACAAGCGCGGAAAAUCUAGUGGGCUGGAAUAUAAGCUCGACGAGCUGCGAAAGGAACUCGCUUCACUUGACGGGGGAAUAUUCCCUCACUCGGUAUUAUCCACUCAGCAAAUUACCAUGUUGAGUGCCGAGAAGCCUAAAUCAAUGGAAGAGUUGGAGAAGGUAAUUGGAAAGUUGAAAGCCGAUAAAUACGGGGCGAAAAUUCUCGAGUCAAUAAUCGAGUAUGAAUCAAAGAACCAAACAGAUGAUGAUUUUUCAGAUGGUGGAAAAGAUGAAAGUGAAGGCAGAGCUAUUAAGAAGUUGAAAACUAAGAGAGCUCUUGUUGUCAUUGAAAGCAGUGGAGAUGAAGCAUGAAAUCAAUCUUGUAUUAUUAGUUUUUUUAGUUAUUUAAAAAAGCCGUGAAAAAAUAUUUUUUGGUUCUUCUUUAAGAUUUUUAGGGAUAGUAGAAAAUACUCAAAUUGUUAAUUUCUUUUCAGGUCAGGUGUAAUAUGAUGUGAAAAGACUAAAAUAACCUUUAUUAUUUAAUGACAGUAUAAUUG